CGACUAAAAGUUUUCUUUGCGUCUCCGUGAGUGGGACAGCCGCGAUCCGCAUGUGUGAGGUGCGGCGUUACACUCGCCGUCGCUGGGCGCGUGGAGGUGACAGCGCCUCGUACCCCGAGCAGCCCCGCCUGCACCAGUCAGUCGCACGAGAGCGGCGGCGUGUAGGAGGAAAUAAGAAGAAGGAAAUCCUGUCUGAAGCGGAGCGAGCGGUUCUCCGUGCCUUCCCCCUCCAACACCCUGUGCCCCCCAGGCGGGCUCGCGCCGAUUGACGCCUGUGCUCCGAUUUACUUUUAGCGCUGGGACAAACUCUGCGAUUCCAGGCUUAUGCUGCCGAAAUCGCGCGGGGGGCGCUCUACAGCCCACCACAGCAUUACAAGAGCAGAACGGUCCGUGUCGAGAGUUCCGGGACCCUCGGGGUCACGUUUGGUAACUUCGGUUUACGAGGGGCGUUAAAAGCCGAGGCGACGGGCAACUCUUGCCGUAACCCCCUCCCUGUCUUGGCCAAGUCAGGACGGGGUCUGUUUGUUUGACUUUCGUGACCGCCACGUCCGUUUUCCUCCUUUACAGCUCGAUGGCCACGAGGUGUCGGAGCGCCACCGCCUGAAAUGCACGUCUGAUGUCAACGAAAGGCUCAUUUGCAUCAUCUGCAAAGAACCACGGGAGGGCAGGUCGCGCUUAUAUUUAUGGCGCCUUUCUCAUCCCACCUGGACGCCCGGCGUUAAACCGUGAGGUGCGAACCCCCCAGGUGUGUGACGUUCGGCAGAUCGCCGCUAAUGACGGACCGCGUGAGCAGGGAAGCCCCGCACUCGUCCAGCGUCUCGCAGAUGCCCACGCUGCGUCGGUCCAGGGAGCUUCAUCUUGCGGAGCUGACAGAGUCAGGCUUUGCCGCCCUUCCCUCCCAGGUCACCCUGUGCACGGGUCGCGUGAUGAUUGGCAAUAAAAGGACGCUGAGCUACAUGGAGCCCUUGGGCCAUGGCAAAGUCGCCCGACUGGACAAGAUGAACCCGCAGGGCAGCAGCACAGGCCUGUGUAAAGCCAGGGGUCUGCCGCCUUACUCCACAGAGGACCCGCUCAACUACAAUGGCGCCUACUUUGCUUAUUAUUUAAAGGGCCAGGACGGCUCCGAUGUGCCCUUGCGGUGGAGCCCCCCGGGCCCAUACCUGCAUGACAGAAGAAACGCAGUGGUCCAUCCGUUGACCUCGGAGAGGCCUUUGCCCCCUGGACUGAUGUACCGACCAGAGAAGGAGUUGGGUCAAGCCUUUGCCCCGGAGAAGACGUCCCCUUUGCCGCUCGGUGACAAGUGGGGCGACUUUGUGGACAGGCAGAGCAAAGUGAGCCACGGUCCUGGACUGCACGCCCCGGUGGCCGUGAGGAAGAUGGCCCUCGGCGGCACGGCAGGAAACGCUCCCCCCGAACACUCGGUGGGCAGUCUUGCCAUUCCCAAGCCCCUCUACAAGACGAGAAUGUGCUGCGCGGAUGCCGAAUGUAAAACGCGAGGCUGUGUGCCCCUGGAGCCGGAGGCCGAGCGCAUCCAAGGACGUUCGUAUGAGGGAGACUGGCGGGGCGGCUCGGCGCUGUGCUACGGUGCGCUGCCAGCCCUGGACAAGCGCACAUCGCUGCUGGAGGCCGACUCGCUUCAGCUGGAGCCAAGCGGCGCCGCUCGCCGCCAGUCAAAGGAACUGAGUCAUCCCGGCUACGUGCCCGCAGGUCAUUUGGGAGCAGUGUCAGCAUUUCCAGAGCCCGGCUACAACGCGGUGUCCUUUAACGGCCCCCCUCACGCGUUGCCCGUUUCCUCCCACAAAGGCUGUGUCAACGUUUCGCAGCCCUCCGACGUCUACCACCAUGACGCGCCUGCUGGCCUUCUCAAAGGCUACCACGAGAUGCACGUGGCACCCCACUCCCGCUUACCAACCCCCAUCUAUCAGGAGAGGUCACCCGUUUCCAAAUUUGCCCAUCUGCCCCAAAGACAUUUGUAUCUUUGCCCGCCUGGCGCCCUGGACUUGGACAAGUCUCCAAAUUACAAAGUGCUGGAGCAUCAGUUUGUGAACGAGUCCUCCAGCCUCAGCCCGCAGAACGUCAGGGGCUCGUAUCCCACCAGGUCGGAGCGCUACGUUUACCGGAGUCCCCCUCCACCAUACAGCGCAGCCGUCUCCCUCCCGUAUGCCGUGAUUCCUGCUGGCGCUCCGAGUCUCUCCUCCGCCGGGCGGUAUGACCUCCCCUCUUACCCAUACAAGCACCACCUUGGCCCGGGGGGGCUGAAGAGGGCAUUUUCCGAGACGGCCGGCCCGCCAGUACAAAUGGAGAUGUCAGACCGUGGUGCGAGCGUGGCGGCUCAUAAACUCCACGUGAUGGUCCCCUCCAGAGAGUUCGGCAGCUACCGGCACGGCCCCAGCGCUUUCCACCCCGUGCACGGCUCUUACGGCAUCGACAACUCCGCCCGCAUCCCGAAUGAGGCAUCGGCCUACUGCCAGGCUGGCAUCUACUCGGACAGGAGUGGCGUCCCCGGCGUGGGACAGAGUGCCGCCGCGUUCCCGGAAUGCAGAAGGCCAAGCAGCGAGGCGGACGGUCCGGGCCUGAUGGACUCUCCUCGCGGCCGACCGCAGGAAGACACCGAAGGGGCCUACGCCGCCGGGGUCUUUGACGGGAGGAUGGACGAGAAGCAGAAAGCGGCGGAGGGGCCGGUAGAAGAGGAUACCGCCUGCCCCUCUUCGCCACCCAUGCCAGUGAUCAACAACGUGUUCAGUUUGGCUCCCUACAAAGCCUACUUGGAGGCCUCUGGGAUUCUGCCCUCGCAGAGCGACAUUAAGGAUGGCGCGCCCCGCCUGCAAAGCCCAAAGGUGGAGGAGCGCAGCGAGCCUGGCGGUCCGAAGCAGGAAGCGGAGAGGGCCGAGCUGGGCCCCUGCAAGCAGGAAGUGGAAACGGAGGAUGCCGGCGGUACCGCUGAAGCAGGAGGAGCGGCGCGUGCGACGCGGGCCUGCCGAGGCUCUUUGAACGUGACAUUAAAGUGGAGGACACGGCACUGGACCUCCGAGUCAAGAAGCCGGCAGAUGGCCAAGUGCUCUCCGUGGUCAAGGCGGAAGCCGCCGACGAAUCUCCUCGUGCUGCCGAACACGCCAAGGGCGUGCCUUUUGCGCUCAAGCCGUCUACGCUGACCCUCAGAGAUUCCCGGCC